AGCGGCGCACCCGGCGUCUCGCUAUUGGCCGGCAACCGUAUUGUUGUCAGUGACCUCCAACUUCGAAAUGCGAUGAACUCGCAAGUUCGCUAAAUCGCCCUCCCCCCUUGCCGCGCAACAGCCGGUUGUUGCCCUUCAGGUAAUAUUUACUAUACGACCGACGCCGCACUCAGUAUCUGCUGGGACUUUCACUAUCGUCAGUUCUCUGGCUGCUCUUGGACUUGAGCGGUAGUCAGUGUCAAUGCGUGCACGUGCACCGGCAGUAGUUCUUCGCUAGAAGCUCCAUCCAUGUUCGAAUAGUUCGCUUGGUGGUCGUUCGCGUCGUAUGUGAUCCGAACUAGUGUUAGCGAGAUGAUCCUGUCGCCGGACAGUAGUGUGCAUAUUGUGCAGUAUCCCGAGUCGACGACUAACGUGGAUUUUGCCAGGAUGUCGCCGCCUCAAAAGGAACCUGCACUCAACUUAGAAUUCGAUGGUACAACUGUAUUAUGCAGAGUGUGUGGAGAUAAAGCCUCAGGAUUCCACUAUGGAGUCCAUUCUUGCGAAGGUUGCAAGGUAAGUAUUGAUACACUGCUCAUAACAACAGUUUACUGGAUGAAGUAA